AUGCGGCAGCGCGCUGUCUACUAUUUCCGAUGUGCUUCAGAAAUUAUAAUCAGCGGUCCACGACAGCUGAGACGGACGGCUGAGAUUCUUUCAGAGUGGCCGCGAAGGAUCGCCAGGCGAUGGAUGCGAUGGCGGCUCGCCUGCAGAGCUCAUUCGAUGAGGUGCUCGCCUCUGCCUCGCUGCUCGUGGAGGCUGCUUCUUCCGCUCCUCGUGGUGGUGCGCACUCAGGUACGCAGCGAGGCACAGGCUGGUGUUCAAAAGCCUGGUGGAUGGAGCAAGAGGAAGAAAAUGAGCUCGGCACAGCAAGGCACUGGCUCAAAUUCUGAGUUUAGCUUAUCUCCAUUCCCUACUGCCAUCCUCCUCCGCGUGUCCCCCCACUUGCAGGACACAGCAAGGCACCGGCUGCUGUCAGAAAGCCUGGUGGACGAAGCAAGAGGCGCAGCAAUUGACACGUCUGCCGUGGGUGCAGCCGGAGGAGAGGGGGAGGUGCAGAUGAUGCUGGGAGCAACUCGGUUGGAGCAGAUCAGCAAGGCAGUGAGAGCCAUGGUGCAGGACCAGCAGCACAGGCAUGCAUUGAAGAGCUGA